ACAGUCAUGUUCACUAUAUUGGUCAGUCGCUCAGGAGGCUUCAGCCAAUGAGAACCAGGGGUGUAGAGGACAGAGGGGCAUUUAAAAGAUGGAGAGGUUGUAAGAGGAAAACUCCUGCAUCACAGCACUCAAGUCUACAGGAGACCAUGAGCACCCAGUUCAGCAAAGGACCCACAUUCGGACUCUCUGCGGAUGUCAGGAAUAAGCUGGCACAGAAAUAUGACCCUCAGACGGAGGAGGACCUGAGGAUGUGGGUCCAGGAGAUCACAGGACGAACACUUGCAGAAAACUUCAUGGAGGGGCUGAAAGACGGCGUGAUCCUGUGCGAGCUGAUCAACAAACUACAACCCGGAUCCGUCCCGAAGGUCAAUCAUUCAACCCUAAACUGGCACAAGUUGGAAAAUAUCACUCACUUUGUGCGAGCCAUUGGUGAAUACGGACUGAAACCACAUGAUAUUUUUGAGGCCAAUGAUCUUUUCGAGGACAUGAACCACACUCAGGUUCAGUGCACCCUCGUCGCUUUGGCUGGACUGGCCAAGACUAAAGGCUUCUACACAAAAAGUGACAUCGGUGUGAAGUAUGCAGCAAAAAAGCAGAGGAAAUUCAACCCUGACAAGAUGAAAGCAGGGAAAUCCAUCAUCAGCCAGCAGAUGGGCUCCAAUAAAUUUGCAAGCCAAAAGGGCAUGACCUCCUACGGAACCAGACGCCAUCUUUAUGAACCAAAAAUAGGCAUGGAGAAACCAGCGGAUCGAUCUACCAUAAACUUGCAGAUGGGCACCAACAAAUGUGCCAGCAUGGCUGGCAUGUUUGCUCUUGGCACGGCGAGGCAGGUGACUGAGAAAAACGUCAAUCUGGAUCCGCUGGACACCACAACAGUGUCUCUGCAGAUGGGAACCAAUAAAGUGCCGUCCCAGAGCGGCCUCACUCCAAUGGGAGGCGCACGUCUAGUGUACGACCGCAAAUACUGCGUCAAGGCUAAUGAACAAGACGGCAUCGAUCUCAUUAUUUAA